AUGGAUAAAGAUGAUUUAUUUAAUGUGUAGGAAUCUCUAUAAUCACCAGAAGAGGGAUUGAAAAAAUCAAAUGAAAAAAAGAAAAUGAAAGUUGAAGUAUAUAUAUGUGAAGGGGCUUAUGAAUAAUUAAGAGGUUACUAAAAAUUAAAGUAAUAAAACAUUCAAAAUAAUUUCAUAAUUCCAACUCUAUAAAAGUAGGCAAACGUCAAUAGAUAUCUUGAAUUAGUGUAGUAAUCAAUUAAUAAUGGUCAUAAACUUCAUAAUAGCAAAUUAAACAAAGAAUCCAUUGAUGGCUUAAUCUAGUAAUUUAGAGAAUCAGAAAAAUAAAAACAUAUCUAAACAAACUCUCAAACUGUAAUUUAACCCUAAGAUGGUAAUUCUCAACAUAGAUCCAAAUAGAUGGUAUUCAGAUCAAUUAAGAAUUAUUAACCAAAAUCAGAAUCUUAAUUUUAAUCAGAUAUUUUUACAAAGGAAGGCUUUUAUGAUAGAAUAAUCUAAAAUAGAAUUACUUAAAUUUUCAAUUUCUGA